GAGGGAGGCAGGCCAACAAGACGUUAGCCUUCCAACCUAUGCUUCUUCCUAACCUCCUCCAUUAUGUACCUUAAAAGAAGAAAACCCCAACCAUAGAUGACUUUAGCUUCACUCCUACUCCAAAUCCAUAAUAGAGAAAAUAAAACUGAUCUCCCACUAAAACCUCCGUUCCCUCAAUAUUGCUCAUUCAUUUCGAUCGAUCUUUGCGUGCUUGCACCACUACCCAUACCCUCUUUCAUCUCUUAAUUUCUUCUAGCAUCCUUUCUAUCCAACCACGCAGCAGUAAACUUCCUUCUCCUUCCUCCGAUCUAUCCAUCCCUUGAAGCUAGCUAGCGUACCUUGACACAGAUUUUCUAUCUCCUCCUCCUAUGGGCACAAUGACGACGACACAUCGAGGAAGGCCCCCUCUCUCCAUCAUUACCGUUGUUGUCUGUGCUUUUGCUUUCAUUGCUCUCUUGUACACAGAAAGAAUCACAUCUCUCUCUUCCAGUACCUCCGCCAUCUUCAAGCUCAAACCUUGUUCUAGACGAGGCGCCCCCGCUGCCAAACGCAAGUCUACAAAAGAAAAUAGCAAUUUCAUGGGGAGCAUAGAAGUGGAUGAUAGGUUUGAGUUUGAUCCAAAUGAGUGCAGUGUGGUGCAUGGAAAAUGGGUGUUUAACACCUCAAUCAAACCCCUGUAUUCAGACAGGACCUGCCCAUACCUUGAUAGGCAAUUUACUUGCGUUAAGAAUGGACGACUAGAUUCUGACUAUCGUCACUGGGAAUGGCAGCCAGAUGACUGUAUGUUGCCAAGGUUUAAUCCUAGAAUUGCGCUUCAGAAGCUUCAAGGAAAAAAGCUAAUGUUUGUGGGCGAUUCCUUACAAAGGAGUCAAUGGCAGUCAUUUGUGUGUAUGGUUGAAUCCAUUAUACCAGAAAACCGAAAGUCCAUGCGAAGGGGCGGCUCUCAUUCAGUUUUCAAGGCCAAGGAGUACAAUGCUACAAUUGAGUUCUACUGGGCUCCAUUUCUUGUGGAGUCCAAUUCGGACCUCAAAAUCAUAGGAGACCCAAAGAAGAGAAUAAUCAAAGUGGACUCUGUUUCCAAACACGCGAAGAACUGGAUUGGAAAAGAUAUCCUCGUGUUCAACACCUACGUUUGGUGGAUGAGCAGUACGAAGAUCAAAACACUAUGGGGUUCGUUCCUAAACGGGGAAGAAGGAUUUGAAGAGCUGGACACCCAUGUCGCUUACAGGAUUGCCUUAAAAACAUGGGCCAACUGGGUCGACUCAACUGUCGAUCCCAACAAGACUCGCGUCUUCUUCACCACUAUGUCCCCUACACACACCAGAAGUGAAGACUGGAAUAGGAAGGACGGGUUAAAAUGCUACAACGAAACAAAGCCAGUGACGAAGAGGAAGCACUGGGGGACUGGGUCAGACAAGAAGAUGAUGGGCGUGGUGGCCAGCAUAGUGCAGAAAAUGAAAGUCCCAGCUACUGUCAUCAACAUAACGCAGAUGUCUGAGUACAGAAUCGACGGCCACGCCUCCAUUUACACUGAAACGCAAGGCAAAUUACUAACCGAUGAGCAGAAAGCUGACCCUCUGCACCAUGCAGAUUGCAUUCAUUGGUGCCUCCCCGGUGUCCCCGAUUCCUGGAAUCAGCUGUUUUUUGCGCAUUUAUAGUACAAAGUUAGUCAAUGAGAAUCAAUUGCUUGUGAUUAUCUUGUGGUUGACUGUUGGAUGCGAGAUGAAAUCAAUUAUAAAUAGCUUUUUGGUUCGAUCGCUCCAAGUGAUCAGUUGAAUUUUGCCA